GUCAGCGGCCGCCGCUCUGGCGGGACAGGGGCGAAUAAAGUUUAAUUCGGGGAGGGGGAAGCCGCCCGUCCUCUCCAGAAACGGGCUGCUGGAUGUAGAAGGAAAGUAGGUCGUGCGCACGGAAAAUGCCUCUAAGGGACAAGUGUUGUCAGACUGACCACCAUCACCAUGGAUGCUGUGAACCAGUGCGUCUCUUGGAACCUGGUGAUCCUCCGUUAUUGCAGCAGCCGCUGCAAACAUCAAAAUCUGGUAUUCAACAAAUCAUUGAGUGUUUUCGAUCAGGAACGAAACAACUUAAACAUAUCUUGUUAAGAGAUGUGGACACCAUUUUUGAGUGUAAAUUGUGCCGGAGUCUCUUCAGAGGAUUACCAAAUUUGAUUACUCAUAAAAAGUUUUAUUGUCCUCCAAGUCUUCAGAUGGAUGAUAACCUGCCAGAUACAAAAGAUAAGCAGAGUCAAGCCAUAAAUGACCUUCUUGAAGCAAUCUAUCCAAGGGUAGAUAAGCAAGAAUAUAUCAUUACGUUGGAACCUAUAGAAACUAAUCAAAAUGCUGUGUUUCAAUAUGUGUCAAGGACUGAUAGCCCAGACGAGAACACAGAAAGUAGCCAUACCCCUGAUCAAGCUCCAGUACAAAUCCAGGAACCCAGCACUGAGCAGCCCAAGACUGUUUCAGCUCCAGCCCUGGUCCCAGCUGGGGAUACUGUAGAAUUACCUCCUGCUGAUCCUGUUACAAACAAGGUGAUAUCUACUCCCAACGAACAGCCACCAGCAGUAAAUCCUGACUUGGACUCUCUGGAUAAUUCUGAUUAUGGCCACCAGUUGAUUUGUUGCCUCUGUAGGAAGGAAUUUCAUUCAAGACGCAGUGUACGCCGGCACAUUCGAAAAGUACACAAAAAAAAGAUGGAAGAACUAAAGAAGUAUAUAGAAACAAAAAAGAAAACAAACCAGUGCUCUGCAAGAGGACGAAAUAAGAAUGUUCUUGUCACAUUAGGUAGAAGUUGUCCUGUGUGUUAUAAAUCAUUUGCCACAAAAGCCAAUGUAAGGAGGCAUUUUGAUGAAGUUCAUAGAGGAUUAAGAAGGGAUUCCAUUACUCCUGAUAUAGCUACAAAGCCUGGGCAACCUUUGUUCUUGGAUACAGUUUCUCCUAAAAAAUCUCUUAAGACCAGAAAACAAAAGUCGUCUUCAAAGGCUGAAUACAAUUUAAGUGCAUGCAAAUGCCUUCUGUGCAAGAGAAAGUAUAGUUCACAGAUAAUGCUGAAAAGGCAUAUGCAAAUUGUUCACAAGAUAACUCUUUCUGGAAAGAACUCUAAAAGAGAGAAAGGACCCAACAAUACUACCAAUGGCACAGAAAUACAAGUUGAACCAGCAGAUUCUGUAGAACCUUCACCCCCUUCCAUUGUGCUUUCUCCACAGAAUGAAUUAAAGGGAACAAAUCAUCCAAAUGAGAAAAAGAACACACCGUCAGCACAAAAAAAUAAGGUUAAACAGGACCCUGAAAACCCUAAAUCAACUUCUAAAUCAACCACUAAAUCAACCUGCAAAUCAACCACUAAAUCAACCCCUAAAUCAACCAAUGCAUCUGCUGCAGGUGGCCAGCAAAAGGCCAGGAAGCCAAAACUUUCAGCUGGCUUUGACUUCAAGCAGCUUUACUGUAAACUCUGUAAGCGUCAAUUUACGUCUAAACAGAAUUUAACAAAACACAUUGAAUUACACACAGAUGGAAAUAACAUUUAUGUUAAGUACUACAGGUGUCCACUCUGCUCUUACGAAACGCGUCGCAAGCGCGAUGUGAUCCGACACAUAACUGUGGUUCAUAAAAAGUCGCCACGCUACCUUGGGAAAAUAACGGCGAGUUUAGAAAUAAGAGCAAUAAAGAAGCCAAUUGAUCUUGUUCUAAAUAAGGUGACAAAAAGAGGCUCUCAGAAGGAUGAAACAAAACAGAUUGGUUCAAAACAGGAUGUCACCUCUAAUUCUCCCAAUAAAAAGUAUGAAGGAGCUGAUGUUGGCAUUGAAGUAAAAGUAACAAAAAACUUUUCUCUGCACCGAUGCAAUAAAUGUGGGAAAGCAUUUGCCAGAAAAGCUUUUCUAGAACAUCAUAAGAAAACCCACAAAGCAAACGUAUCUCAUUCACCUGAAGAAAGUAAAACCAAAGGCAGAAGUACAAGAUCUAAAGCUGUUGUCUGCCUUGAAUUUGGUUUGACCUACUGCAGCAAGGAUCUUUGGUGUGUCUUCCACAGCCCAUUUUGUAUCAGCUCUAGAACUGUGUGUGUCAUCUGGCUUGGGAAUAUAUUUGCUGUGACUACACUUCCCAUGGGGUUUGCCAAGCUAAACAGAAACUGGCAAAAGCCUUCUCCAUCCUGUGUCCAAAACAAACAGCCUGCUGUGAUGCUACAGUGUACCUGCUGGCCUCUUGCUGCCACUCCACAGAAGUGAAUGUCUCCCGUGUGGUGGUGAUCUCCCACAUGCACCUCCCUUGGGCAGGACAAACAUUCCUAGACAGCCUUUACAGAUGGAAACUGGACCGAGCUCUUGAUGCCUUUUAUCCAAACAUCCUGCCCAAUGACUGCUUAACCUUGAAAGUUUCUAAAUGUCUUCAGAGAUCUUCUUCAACUUGGUCUGCAGUGCUGCCUCCCUACCAAAAUUUCAGCAGAUCCCAAAAGUAGGCAGAAGAGCAUGCAAAAUCCCUUGAAAUGAGCUUGCCUGGCUCACUGCCAAAACUGUGUCCCUCCCUGGUAGUAAUUAUAGGUAAAGUGUUUCUAAUGGACCUCUUAUACCUGUAGCACUCACCCAGGAGGCAGAGACAUGCAUGGGGUGCUCUCCUCCAACUCAGAGACUUCAGGUUCACAGCCCCUCUGAUGUAGCAAAGCACUGUAGCCGUGGGGCAGUUUGAUGUCUCCUGGUGAAUCCAGGAGGGUGUGGCUCAGCAGCCUCACGAGGACUCAGCUGUGAAGAGGCAGGAUGCAGUGGAAUGGGGGGAUCAGGGCUCUCACUGCUGUUCAGGAGUCUUCUUCCUACUGAGUGGCCUACCUCAAGUUAUGGAAGGAACUCAGGUAUCUGCCUGAAUUUCAUUCUGGAAGUCAGCCUGAAAGCUAGGUGUUGGCACCUUUAAAUCUUUCACUGGGUAUAACCCUAAAUGGCAGGAAAAAAUAUCUGAACCCUUCUUCUAUACUUCUAAUGAUUUCAUACGUAUCUUUGCAAUUGUGCACCCUGUAAUGUUGAUGGGUAAAUGUCAGUGCUGACAGCUCUUGUGAUUUGGGCCAUAACUCUUGUGAAAUAUGUGACCAUUUGUAAAGACCUGGAAGGUGGAUGAAAACCAGGAUGCACUAAGUUUCCAUUAAAAAAAUAAAAUAAAAAUAAUUUUUUCUUUAGUUCGUAUAAAAACCUUGAGAAUUUGUCUUCAGUGGAAAGCUGAGGCCCAGAAGAUAAAUAUGACUCCAAGUGUAAUAAAUGACCAACAUUCCUAAUUUCAGCUAAUACAACUCUGAGCCCUGACAUGACUUUUUGAUUGAAUUGUAGCUGCAGAACUGAACCUGGCAGAGUUAUAGAACAGUCUGCUGAACAUUAGAAGUGGUAAAUGGAUGGUGUGGGUACCAGACUGAUCAGGCUCGAAAACAAGAAAUCUCUCAGGUCAUUCCAGAAUAGAUCAAUUAUUCAUUCACCUGGCAUUAUAGGUCACUUAAUCAUACAUAAACUACUGUCUAGAAAACUUUUAAAUUAAGCUUUAUUGCAAGCCUAACAGGCCUGUUAACUUUUUUAACUCUAAGAAAAUAUUUCCGGGUAAUUUUUGCAAGGAGUCAACAUGCACAGAAAAGUUUUCUGCUUUCCCCCACACUAUUUUACAUCAUUUUCAUUUAAUGUUUUUUUUCUGUGGAAGAAUGAUUG